GGUUGCUUUGAAUAAAACCAUGUCUUCAUCUUCAACACCGAAACCCUAGCAGUCUCUCUCUCUCUCUCCGCUGUGCCAACAAUGGCUCCUAAGGGGGACAACGCCAAAAAGGCUGAUCCAAAGGCACAAGCCGUAAAGGCUGCAAAAGCCGUGAAAUCAGGCACACCCUUCAAGAAGAAGGCCAAGAAGAUCCGGACCAAGGUCACGUUCCAUAGACCGAAAACAUUGACAAGGGAGAGGAACCCAAAAUACCCGCGGAUCAGUGCCCCACCCAGAAACAAGCUCGACCACUAUCAGAUUCUCAAGUAUCCUCUCACUACUGAAUCCGCGAUGAAAAAGAUCGAAGACAACAACACACUGGUGUUCAUUGUCGAUAUCAGAGCUGACAAGAAGAAGAUCAAGGAUGCCGUCAAGAAGAUGUAUGAUAUCCAGACCAAGAAGGUUAACACUUUGAUCAGACCUGAUGGAACUAAGAAGGCUUACGUGAGGCUGACGCCAGAUUAUGAUGCGUUGGAUGUUGCCAACAAGAUUGGAAUCAUCUAACUCUUUCUCCUCCAUUUUUUUUCUUUCUCGUUUUGUUUUUUGGGAGAUUUCUCAUCUGAAUCUUUGCUGUUUUGGUAAUCAUAUACCGAGAUUGGCAAGACAUGGUCUGACCCCUGUUUCAUUUCAUCAAAAUAUCCUAAAGUUCA